AUGAAGGACCUAUCACACACGAAGCUACCUCAGAGCUCUGCUCACAGAGUCACCUCCACCAUCCUGCUCCACAAGUCACACAGCAGCCAGGCUGCCCUGGUGCCCAGAGAGCACAGGGUGUUCAUGGAAGAAGCCUACAACGCAGCCAUCUGCUUCAAAAUGCUCCGGGACCUGAACAGGUCACACCCCCUUCACCUGAAGCAUGUCAUCAGAAAGAUCACGAGUAUGGCUUAUGAGUCCCCCAACCUGGUGUUGGAAACCAUCCACGAUUACUUCACAGACAACCCAGAGAUCUCCAUCCGACACAAGUUCCGGCUAUUCCAGGUCCUGGAGACGGUCAUCAGAACCAGCGACUCCCUGGCAGAGACCUGGGAGAAGACCUUCAUGGAGCUGGCCCUGGAGAACAUGACCAAGACCACGGAGCUGGAAGACGUGUACCAGGACGCAGCCAGCAACGUGUUGGUGGCUAUCUGCAAACACUCCUGGCGGGUGGUGGCCCGGCACCUGGAGACGGAAGUGCUGACAGGCGUCUUCCCACACCGCAGCGUCCUCUACGUACUGGGCUUGAUGUCCUCCAACAAGCAGCUGUUCCACAAUGGAGACCAGGUGUGCUGGGAAGAGCAGCUGGCCCAGAUAGCUGCCAAGUCUGUGCAGUUCCUGAACACCGACGCGUGGUCCAAGGAGCUGCUGUGGACACUCACCAGGCCUAACCGGACACAGCAGGAGCAGCCCCCGGAGAAGACCUUUCUGUUCACCUUCUACGGGCUGAUCCUGCAGGCUGCAGAGUGUAGUAGCACCAUCCGGACACACCUGCAGUCCCUCCUGGAGACAUCCCACCAGUGCCCCAAACAGAGAGAGGGCAUGGCGGUCACCAUGGGGCUGGCUGCUACCCGCCACCUGGACGAUGUCUGGGCCGUCCUGGAGCAGUUUGGCCGCAGUGCUCCUAUCAGAUGUAGUUUCCAUAGCUUCUCCCCAAAGUGUUCGGAGGACUACCGAUGGAAGUGGGGAAGCAGUACCAUCCUGCUCACAUAUGGCCAGAUGGCCGCCAAGGCCAAGGACCACAUCCUCCCGUGGGUGGACAACAUCUUGUCCCGGAUGAUCUUCUACUUCCGCUACAGCUGCUGGGAUGACACCCUGAAACAGAGCUUCCUCUCAGCCGUCUUACAACUGGUGGAGGCCACUAGCCGGAACGACGGUGCCCACAGCUAUGAGUUUGCCCAGGUCCCCGAGCUCCUCGACUGUCUGAUGACUUUAAUGGAGAAGGAGUCCCCAAACACAUUGUGUACGUCAACUCGCCAACAGACCAUCCACAUCAUCUCCAGCGUCUGUAAGCUGAGGCCCCCGCCAGACGUGGAGCGGAAGUCACGGCUCCUCUCUGUGUGCUUCCGCAGCGUGUUCGCCUUGCCAAUGCUGGAGGCUCUGGAGAAGCAUACCUGCCUCUUUCUGGAGCCACCUGACAUACAGAAUCCCAGGGCACCCCUCUUACCAGACACCACACUGGCUCAUCCUGGGGGCCGCAGUGCCCACCUCCACCUGGCGGGUCAGGUUGGCUUCACGCCCAGGUCACAGCACAUUUACGUCUGGUUGUCCUCCGAGAAGACGCACGAACGGCAGCGGGCAGUGCACAGCUGCAUGACCUUCCUCAAGUUCCUGAGUCAGAACCUCGGCCCGGAUCCCACAGAGGAGUUCAAACAGAUUGGGCAGCUGGUUGGCACACUGGGGAUACUAUGUCAAGACCCCGACAGGGCCGCCCAGCACUUCAGUCUGGAAGGAUUGGGCCACCUCUACCACCUGCUGAUGCACCAGAAAACUAGAGAAGCAUUAAAGGUAAAAUUGGAGACCCCCAGGCAGCCUUGGAGCAGCGGUGACCAGAAGACAGAUCCCACGGGUGCCCCAGAGCACAAGCUCCCCAAGGACCGCAUCUUCCGUCUCGGCAGCUCCCAAGUCAUUAAGGUCAAAGCUCUGAGUGUUGUGGGCAGCUCCGGGCAGGGGUUGGGGGUGCUGACCAUGCUGUGCUCUGAGCCCUACCACCAGACCUUCCACAGGUCUCUUGGCUGGCUCCAGGGCUCCCCAGUUCCACACCGGGAUGGGGGAGCUCAAGUGGGUCUGCGUCGUGACCCUAAAUCUAUUCCUGGCCACCCCAUGUGGCUUUGGGCCUACCACAUCUACAUCACUCUCCACGUUAUCACCAUCACCACCAUCAAACACCACACCAGGACCAUCAUCACCAUUCUCACUACCAUCACCACUACUAUCAGUAUCACUAACAACACCACCAUUACCAUCACUACUAUCACAAUUACCAUCACCACGCCGCCACCACCAGUACCAUCAUCACCAUCCUCACUACCACCAAACAUCAUCACCAACAAUGCCAUCGUCAUCCCCACCAUCACCACCACUACUACCAACAGCAUCUCCAUUACCCACUAUCAGCACCACACCACUACCAUCAACACCACCAUCAACAGCACUAUCACCACUAUCAACCAUUACUGUCUGGAGUCCAGAAGGUUCCAGGGCUGGGGGACUGGGACAAAGGAGGACACAGAGGUGAUGAAGUGUCUCACCAUGAAGGAGCUGACCGACCUCAUUUGGACAGCCAUCGAUGGCCUGCGCUCGUCCAGCCCCUUCCGCGUGCAGGCUGCUGCCCACCUGCUACUGAUGGCCGUCCAAGACCACGGAGACAAGCUGGACACUGUUGCCAAGAUGGGCCGGGCCAUCCACCUCCAUCUUUGCUCUGUCCGCAUCCCCCAAGCCAAGGAGAAAGCCUUGCAGGCCAUCACCCUGCUGGCCCGGAGCCACACCUCCGAGCUGGUGGCCGCCUUCCUGGACUUCUCCAUACCUCUGGACAGCCACGCCUUCCAGCUGUGGAGGGCUCUGGGCACUGAGCCACCCAUAAGCCGCCUGGUGCUGGCCACCCUGCUAACCUGGUUGCAGGAGUGGCCUCUGCCUCCCGCGGCCAGUGAUGGUGACUCCCACUCCAAGGACAAGGCCUACCUGCGCUCACUGGCUGCUAUGAACACACUUCACGAGCUGCAGUUUGCGCAGGAAUUCAAGGCCGCGGUGCAGGAGGCCUACCCAGAACUCUUCCUGGCGCUGCUCAGCCAGGUCCUCUACAUCUUGGAGCUGGACCUGCCCACGGAGCCCCACUCGGGGGCCCAGGAGGCUGCCGUGCCCAGCCCCCAGAGCUGUCUCACAUCGCUAGAGGCACUGAAGAGUCUCCUGUCCACUACAGGGCACUGGAAUGACUUUGCCCACCUGGAGCUGCAGGGGGCCUGGCAGCUGUUUACCACAGUCCCCACCUACCCACAGGGCGUGGGCCUCUUGGCCAGGGCCAUGGUGCAGAACCGUUGCUGGCAGCUGAAGGCUGUACUGGGCCACCUGCUGCCCAGCCUGCAGAGCAUCAAGGAUCAUGAGAGGAAGGUAGCCAUCCUCAUCCUCACUGAGUUCCUCUACAGUCCUGUUCUGCCUGAAGUGCUUCCCAAGCAGGCUGCCCUGAUGAUCCUGGCCCAGGGCCUGCAGGACCCCAGCCCUGAAGUCCGCGUGUGGAGCCUGCAAGGUCUGGGGAACAUUCUCUUCCACCCAGAGAAGGGGAGCCUGCUCCGUGGACAGCUGUCCCCUUUCCUGGCUGGCUUCUUCCAGGACAGUGAGCCGGUGGUGGUGUGCGUCAUGGGCACGGUGUCGGAUGUGCUGCACCGCCUGGGGGGGCUCGGUGUGGGCGCCCAGAGCCUCAGUGUGGCCGUCAAUGCCUGCUCCUUCUUUGACGAUGAGCGGGAUGGGGUCCGGGCAUCUGCCAUGGCGCUGUUUGGGGACCUGGUGGCAGCGGAAGAAGGCAGGGAGCUGGGCAGCCUGCGAGCCCAGGUGUACCAGAGCUUGGUGCCCCUACUCCUGCACUUCAAGGACCACUGUCCAGCUGUUGUCAUGCAGGCCAAGUUCACCUUCUACCGCUGCGCUGUGCUCCUUCGCUGGCGCCUACGACACACGCUCUUCUGCACGCUGGCCUGGGAGCGAGGCCUCAGUGCCCGCAACUUCCUCUGGAGCUGCUUGAUGACCCAGAGUCAGGAAGAGUUCAGCGUUCACCUGGCACAGGCCCUCAGCUACCUGCACAGCCUUCACCGCCACAUCCGGACCUGGGCAGCACUCUUCAUAGGUUACACCAUCUGCUACCACCCCCAGGCUGUGUCCCAGACAGUGACCAUCGUGGACACUAACCUGCUCUUCUGCACGUUUGAAGACCUCAAAAAAGACCCGGAUCCAGGCAUCCAGGAGUUCGCCACCAGGCAGCUCUCCUUUCUCCAGAAGAUAGGGGCCAGACUUCUUCCUGGGACCCCUUGUCACACCAGCCUGCCACCCAGCAAGUCUGCCCCACCUCGCCUAGGCCUGUCCUUCCACCCAGAGCCCCACCUCAGUCUCUCCCCAGCUGGCCCUGCUAGAAGGAGCCUUCAGCUCUGCAUCAUGCCCCCAAAGUAG